UUCUCCGACGCGUCGGUGCCAUUUGGUGACGUCGUUAUCUUGCGGCCGUUUGGGGUGUGUGUCAGUUGUGCGGCGAGCUCACGCCCAACUCUACUCAGACGUGUGUAGUGGCGCUGAAGGGGUUGAACCUCUCUUAAUAGUACUGUGGUGCGAGUGUGUUUGUGUCUUCAACGAUUCGGAUUCAACUCGACUGGCCGCAUGCCCCAAGCGUCGCUGCAUUUUACGAUUCGCAAGACCUCUCAUGAGUGACUCAGCAUGGGCUGCUCAAAUACAAAGGCUGUGGAGUUGACCAACGAAGACCUUGAGUUCCUCAAGAAGCACACAGACUAUGACGAUGCCACGAUACGAGACUGGUACGCGGGAUUCAAGCAAGACUGUCCAACGGGCAAGCUCUCUCGCGCCAAGUUCCUGGAGAUCUACCGCAUGUUCUUCACGACGGGCAACCCCGAGAAGUUCUGCGACCACGUGUUCCGCACGUUCGAUGCGGACAACAACGGCCACAUCGACUUCAAGGAGUUCCUGCUCGCCAUCGGCGUGACGGGCAGCCAGAGUUCAGAGGAGAGGCUCAAGUGGGCCUUCCGCAUGUACGACAUCAAUGGCGACGGCAAGAUAGACCAGGCAGAGAUGGUCAAGAUAGUCCAGGCCCUGUAUGAAAUGCUGGGGCCCGGUGCCGCCGCCUCCGAUGAGGACACUCCGGAAGAGCGUACGGGAGCUGUCUUUUCGAGGAUGGACACCGACGGUGACGGCAAGCUGACCAUGAAAGAGUUCCUCGACGGCUGCCUGCAGGAUCGGAAGCUCGCGAGCCUCCUCACCGCAAACACAACCUUGCAGCUCAGAUAGCCCCAACUUUCACUGCCUGCUUAUGCUUUACACCACGUCUCUCUCUUCUUUUAUCUUCUCCAAAAUCUUUCCCUUAGAACAGCAUUCUGCUCUACUUCUGUUGUAACUUAACAAGCCUUUCUCUUUUGUUGUUGGUUGUGUCGUCUUUUUUUUUUCUUUGUAUACAAGCUUUGUGUUACUUUCGUCACAUCUUGAAUAAAAUGUCCCUACAUUUCUUGA